UUGUUAUCAAUCAGUACCCGGGUUAUUUCGCAGGUUUUAGGAAUUUCUAGUUUCUCGCAAGUGGGUAGGAUGUUUUGCGCGAUGAAUUGAGGUUAGGCUUCCCUGGAAAGCUCUCGUUCGCGAACGAUGGGUGACAUUCGGGCCGGCCUCGACGAGCUCAAACUCGACAGCGCGCUUUUCGCCAAUGUGAAAUACUACGUCAGCGGAGAAGGAGAUUCCAAGAUUUUUAGCUUGCUGCAGGAAGGAGGUGCCGAGAGGUCCAACUAUUUCAGUGACUUUGUGACGCACCUGAUCGCUGCUCACGAUGCGCAGGAGAACGACAUCUCUGCUGCUAAGGAUUUAUACGAGAUCCCUGCGGUCACGCAGGAAUGGGUCCUGUAUUCUGCCCGAUGCAAAAAGCUACUUCCGACUCAUUAUUUCUCCCCGGAGGAAAACCAGUUGUUCAUGAACGUCCGAGCUUGCGUAUCUCAGGUGAGCCGAGCGGACAGCAAGGCGCUUUGGGCUAUGAUAACUCUGCAAGGUGGUAAAUGCCAAUUGAGACUGGAUCGCUAUUGUACGCAUCUAAUUAUUGGCAAAGCUAAUGGAGCAAAGUACGAAGCAGCAACCAGACAUCAUGUACAAAUCGUCACCCCCGACUGGGUGACGGAAUGUUGUAGAAAAGGAACGCUCCUUGGUGAAUUGGAAUACCAUCCUAAAUUAUUGGUGUAUCCGUCGCCAAAUAGUUCCACUGCGUUAAUCACUGGAUUCAUGGAUGAGGAUGGAGAGAAUGGGACGAUUCAGGAUGAACAGGACAGAACGAAGGCCAUGUUGGAGCAGUUAAAGCAGAGAAUGCCCUGGAAUCAGCCAAGUCCAACCGUUCCAUCAAUGACUUUGCAAAACCAUAAUGUGAUCUCAACGAUGACUUCGACUCUCCAAACGUCGACUUCCCAAAGUGCACUUAGUACAAUGCAGCAGCAUCACCAUCACCAGCAUCAACAGCAGCAACAAUCGCAGUCACAACCACAGCCACAGGCACAAUUUUCUCGAUCAGUGGUUUCCACAAAUCUAUCGGGUCACUCUGCGACAACGGCUGCCAUGAGUAGUGGACAGAAUUUGAUAAGUCAAGGCAAUUGGCAUUCGCAAAAUUCGUCCACUAAUAAUCUCGCUCAAAUGAAACCUUCCCUGACCCCUCAAAUACAGCAACCAGACCUGCCUUCUCAGCAACCGUUGAAUAUGCAACAGCAAUUAUUACAUCAACAGCAACUGACGCAGCAACAGCUUGCGCAACAACACCAGCAACAGUUACAGCAAACAUUGAACCAACAGCAACUUCUGAACCAACAACAGUCUCCACAAAUCUCGCAACAGCCGCAAAUAAGUCAGCAGCAACAGCAAUCCGUCAACCAGCAGUCAUUGAUAUCUCAACAACAAUUAAACUCUCAGAUACCAACUCAUCAACUGAAUUCCCAACAGUUGUUGACUUCACAGCAGAAGCAACAACAAUUAACUCAACACCAGUUAUUAUCUCAGCAGCAACAGCAAAUGGGCCAGCAGCAAAUUACACCUCAACAAACCAUACCUGCUCAACAGCAGCAUUUAACACCUCAACAGCAGCAACAAUUACCUCAACAACAACAGCUAUCGCAACAGCAGCAGAUAGCGAUGCAGCAACAGCAGUUGGCUUCGCAACAGCUGCAGCAACUAGGUCCGCAGCACCAACUCGGACAGCAAGCCCAGCCAUCUCCGCAGCAACAGCAGCAGCUCACUCCAGAGCAACGCCAGCAGUUUCUCCUUCUUCAGCAACAACAACAGCAGCAGAAGAUCCAGCAAAUCUCUCAACAGUUGCAGCAGUCCGCACCUCAGGGUUCUCAGCAAUUUGUUAUCCGAGAUGGACAACUGCAGCAGCAAUCCCCAAAUCAGCAGAUAAUCUCACCGAACCAACAAGGCUUCGUAGUGCAGAGAGACUCCCAGUGGCAACAGCAACAGUAUCACUUACAACUGCAACGACAGCAGCAACAGCAAAUCGGUCAACAGCAAAGGCCCGGAGGACAAUGGGCCCAGCAACCCCCUCAGCCCCCGAGGCAGCUGAUCCAACUCGAUGCACAGACACACCAGCAACUUCAACAAAUGGAUCCGCAGCAGAGGGCCCAGUUCAUUCAGAAGAUCCAGAAACAGCGAAACCUUAUUCUGCAACGGCAGAUGCAAAAUCGUCAAGGCCAGCAGGGUCCUCACAUAGCGGUCAUCCGGAGUCCUGGGAAGCCAGGUCAACCCGGUGGCCUCCAGUGGGUCCAGCAGCCCCGAGCACAGCUGAUGGGACCGCAGGUCGCACAAGCACCUAGCCAGAAGCCGAUGCAUCCUGGAGUGCAGCCUCCGGCCCUGACCCCCAUCAACUCUCCGAACCAAGUCAUCGUACAGACUGGUCAAUCGGUGCAGGCUCCGCAGCCUUCUCAGCCAGGGCAGGUCUUUCAAGGUCAGCCACUGACUCCUCAGCAGAUAGCGCAGCUGCACAUGCAGAAACAGCAGCAGAUAGCCAGGCUACAGCAGCUCCAGCACCUGCAGCAGCAGCAGCAGCAGCAACAACAGCAGCAGCAACAGCAACAGGCGCAGCAGCAACAACAGGGUCCUCAGCCGGAGCCGCCCUUGACCCCUCUAUCCGGGAACUCCCAGAUCCCACCAGACCAGCAACUCGUCGUCAACGCCAAGACCAAAACCGCCCUGGCGAACAUGCUGACCAACAGACUACAAGGCGGCACUGCCGAAGGUAGUGCAGCUGGUCAGCUGAGACUGAUGACUGCCCAGCACCGACCACCUCCGCCACCCUCCCAGGACCCCCAGCUUCUGGCCGCUUAUCAGAGGAGGACCCUGGGCAACAUCAGCAAUGGCACCCCUCCGGGUGCGCCGGUCAAGAUGCAGUAUGCACCUGCCAUGCCUCAACCUAGGGCCCAGUUCUAUGGUCACAACCCGAAUCUGAAGCUCCCUCCGGACCUGUUCCUCCUGGGCUGCAUAUUCGUCAUCGUGGAGUACGACGUCCAGUACCCAAACGAUGUCUCAUCCUGGAAGCAGGUCAUAGAGCGACACGGAGGAGAGGUCGAGCAGCAGUACUGCGCCAGAGCGACCCACGUCCUAGCGAUCACCCAGAAGCAUCCUCUGGUAGUCAGGGCGCUGAGGGAGGGCAAGCGAUGCGUCAGCGCGUAUUGGCUGUCCGAUGUCAUCGGGAAACAGCAGGUCCUGCCACCCUGGCAUGCUUUGCACUUUCCUACGCCGUUCGGCUUGGCCGAGACGCCGUGCUCCAAGCAGAUCAUCUCCUUGUCUGGCUUCGAGGGCGAGGAGAGGACCAAGGUCAAGCUCAUGCUGAAGGCGCUGGGCGCGAAGCUGACCAACUACUUCUCGCGACACAACACCCUGCUCGUCUGCAGGAGACCGGACGGGCAGAAGUAUAAAAAGGCGAGGGAAUGGCAGACCGGCGUGGUGAACGCUCAAUGGCUCACGGAUCUCUUGUGCGGACAGAUGAGCGCUCUUCAUCAACCGGAGUCUCCCAAGUACCAGCAGUUCAGCCUAGGGAACCCUUUCAGGCUGGACUACUCCUUAGUACCUCAUUUAAUGGCGGCGUGGAAGAUGCCGAUCAACAUCACGCAGGAGUCGUACGAUAAGGUGAAGCAGGUGGGUCAAGGGCCGAAUGCAAUGAGGAAGUACAAAAAACCAAGGCUGGAGGGCUCGCUGUCGAGCAAGGAUCCGCAUCUCCUGGGUCUGGAGGAACCUAUAGUCAUCAGUAACCCGGAUCCACCGGCUCCGGACAAGCAGCCCAGGAUUCUGUUCUCUGGGAUCGAUCCCAAGUCGUACGCGAAGAGGAUCAGAGAGCUGGGUGGGGCGCUGGCUGUUAAUUGGAGGGACGCCACGCAUCUCGUGAUGCCUGGUCCUCUCAGGACGGUCAAGUUGCUGUGCUGUUUGUCCCGCUGCAAGUACAUCGUCAAGCUGCAAUGGCUGAUCGACUGCUCCGCGGAGAAUACCUUCCUCGACGAGGCGUCCUACGUCCUCGGUGACGCCGAUUUCGAGAAGAACUUCAAUUGCAAUAUCGAGAAGGCUCUGGCGAGUCCUAACCGGGGGACGGUACUUAAGGGCAGGACGUUCUACGUUACGCCGAGCGUCGUGCCGUCUCCCUCGGUGAUGGCGGAAAUUAUCGAGAGUGCUGGAGGUACCAUGGAGAGGACGCGGAGGUCCCUCUCGCAGAUACAAGAGAUGAACGGUAACAAGCUUACGUACAUCAUCAUCACCCACGAGAACGACGUUCACCUGCUGUCCGAUGUUCUCCGUGCUAAUAUCAAAGUGUUCAGUGCCGAGGUCGUUUUUGGGGCCGUCACUCGACAGAGCUUCCAACUCGACUCGGGUCAAGUGUGAGGGGGUCGAAUGUCGUUUGAAAUUCAGAGACACUUUAAAAGCCGACCAAUGGGGGACCUCGGUGAGUUAUUUUACAGACGAUUGAAAAACAUUUCCGCUUAACUAUCUUGAACGGGACAAUAAAGGAAUAUAAUUUUGCGAUA